AUGGCAAAGAACAUAAACUCAGUUAGCUUCACCGUUCUCUUGAUUGUCUUCUUCAUGGCAACCACCGAAAUCAUUAAGAGCAAUGCUGAACCACGAUGCUUCACGUUCUUAGACGAGUGCGGCCCAGACCCAUUUCUUGAUACGAAUCUUGAUUGCACUGCAUGUUGCAGAAGCACAUACCCGGGUCAAAAAGUAUGUAAAGGGGUUGUGGAGGGAAGCGAACAACACUGCCAUUGCUACCAAAGAUCCAAAAAAGAUUUCUUUUGUUUCCAAAUAAAGCAACAAGGAAAAAGUCUAUCACUACUUUUACCCCUUACUGCAAAAUUGAUGUUGUGUGUGCUCUUGCUUUGUUCAAAUUCUCAAUACUAA